AUGAUGGAGUUUAUGGAUGUUAGCAAUGAAAUACAAGAGUCUCUUGGUAAAAGCUACAACAUACCUAAUGACAUUGAUGAAGAAGAUCUCAUGGGUGAGCUCAACUUGCCUUCAGCUCCCAUUGAGCAUGCAAUACCAUCCUACAUUGUUAAGCUUCCUUCUCCAUUCAACCUUCAAUUUAUAGCUUCCUUCUCCAUUCAACCUUUCAUUCGCUGCCUUACAUCGGCACAACGUUGUCGUCGGUCAACCCAACAUUCGUCUUUGCCGCCUCAGCCUCACUUCGCCAUCACCAUCCUCAUGAACAGAGGUUCACAAAUGUGUCGAGGAAAUCACAUAGAUGAAGACAAAUCAACUACAACUCUAAUAAUGUUGGGAUAUGAAGGUGUCAAAAGAAGGGACAGUCAAUAUGUGAUGUUAGUAUGGAUUAUCUUUAACGUUUGAAGACAAAAGAAAAGCUCAAAUGUCAAUGGAUAAUCACAUGGGUUAUGAAAAAUAUGAAAAAUAUGCAAGUGAAUUUUGAUCGAGGGAGCU